CCGACUUAACAUUCCUCGCAAGAAAGAAAGGAAAAAAAAAAAAAAAGAUUCUCCAACCUCGCAAGCAAAAAAAAACGUCUUCGCUGGUUUGAAUUUGCUUCUUCCUCGGAUUACCGAUCGAUCCCUGAUUUCUGAAAAAGAUACACAAAAAUUAUACGAAUCUAUCUAACUGCAAUUUUAUCGGGCGCAUAUUCUAAUUUUCCCUUUUUCGCAAUUUGAAAGAAAGAAUAACCGAAAUUCGAUCGAGAAUGCAACGUUUUGUUGACAACAUCCUCGCUGUUACUAAAGAGUCGGUGAAGACAUUUACUUAUGAGUCCUUGAACAAUAUUGUGAGGUUGAUCAAUGGAGUAUCAGCUCUUUUGUUGGCAUUCCUACCUGGGAAAGCUAAGAUACUUGAAGGUAUUCAGGGUUGGGAGCUAAGGCCAACUUUCCGUGGACCGCGAUUUCCGCGUUGGAUGGAAAAUGGUGUGUCCUCCUUCAACCAAUUUAUUCAUGAACUUGCUGUGGAUUCUGAUGUUUCAAGCCUCGAAUACUUAUCCGGAGAUGAAGAUGUUGAUGGGUAUGAUUAUCCUGGCACUCCCUCAUCUGCCAGUUCUAGAACCUCUAGAGCCAGUUUUACCGAUAAUAGUAGGCAUCAUAUAGAUUGGAUCCAGUACAUCUUACUUUGGAUUUUGGUUCCUGUAAAGUUUUUGCUGGGGAUUCCAUUGCGUCUUUGCCGGUUAGCUUAUUCCGUGGUGUCAAAACCGCGCUCCGCCUCUGGAAAUCAGCACUCUGCACAUUCACAUUUACAUGCGAGGGUGCAAAGCCUCAAGGACCAAAUUAUUCAUCGAACUACUGAUCGGAGACGUGGGAUCAUAGAGGAUCUUCAUUUAGUUAUGGAAAUAUUUAUAGAAGCUGUGUUCGACAUUGUUCACAAGGCAGUACAUCUUCUCCUUUCCCCAUCAGAAGCUUUUGGAAAAUUAUUUAGUUUGUUUUCAUCACAUGAAAGAUGCGUUGAAGAAGAUGAUAAUGGUGUUCAGAAUGCCACCGUUUUUACAGCUACGCUUGGAGAGAAUGACCCAACACCUACAGACAGGAAUACCAAUUUUCGUCAGUCUUUUAGCACAGAUUCCCGAACAUGUCAGGAUGUCAUAACAGAGCUUGGGUACCCGUACGAAGCUAUUCAUGUGAUCACUGCUGAUGGAUAUGUUCUUCUUUUGGAAAGAAUACCCAGGCGAGAUGCUCGUAAAGCAGUUUAUCUUCAGCAUGGAGUUUUUGAUUCAUCAAUGGGUUGGGUAUCUAAUGGUGUUGUUGGAUCUCCAGCUUUUGCAGCCUAUGAUCAAGGAUAUGAUGUGUUUUUGGGAAACUUCCGUGGUUUAGUUUCUAGAGAACACGUCAACAAGAACAUCUCCUCGCGCGAAUACUGGCGGUAUUCCAUCAACGAACACGGGACUGAGGAUAUUCCUGCUAUGAUAGAGAAAAUCCAUCAAGUAAAAACUGCCGAGCUGAAACUUAGUAAGCCUGAUAUUGAGGAAGAUAAUAAUGAUGAUCAGCUCUACAGGCUUUGUGCAAUUAGCCAUAGUUUGGGAGGAGCAUCUAUGUUGAUGUAUGUCAUUACGCGUAGGAUAAAAGAGAAGCCGCAUAGACUCUCUAGAUUGAUUUUGUUAUCACCUGCAGGUUUUCACCAUGACUCUAACCUAGUUUUUUCUGUGGUGGAGAGUGGAAUCUUUUUUCUAGCUCCUAUUUUGUCUCGUAUUUUCCCGGCCUUCUACAUACCUACCAGAUUUUUCCGUAUGCUCUUUAACAAGUUAGCACGGGACCUGCAAAACCUACCUGCAGUCGGAGGAUUGGUUCAAACUUUACUAGGAUAUGUUCUUGGUGGAGACAGCUCAAAUUGGGUCGGAGUCUUAGGAACACCACAUUACAACAUGAAUGACAUGCCAGGAGUAUCGUUUUAUGUUGGUCUUCAUCUUGCACAAAUAAAGAGAACUAGAAGAUUUAGAAUGUUUGAUUAUGGGAGUGCAUCUGCUAAUAGGAAGGUGUAUGGUUCACCUGAGCCAUUGGAUUUGGGUGAAAACUAUUGGCUCAUUGACAUUCCUGUUGAUUUGGUAGCUGGUCAGAAAGACAAAGUUAUAAGACCUUCAAUGGUAAAGAGACACUAUAAAUUGAUGAAGGAAGGUGGUGUUGAUGUGUCUAUGAAUGAGUUUGAAUAUGCUCAUUUAGAUUUCACCUUUUCUCACCAUGAAGAACUUUUGUCAUAUGUUAUGUCACGUUUGGUGCUUGUGGAGCCAAAUCAAAAGCAUGAAGUAAAUCAAAGAUCUCUAAGAUUGAGAAAGAAAGGACAAGCUACAGCUACUGAGUAGAAAUGUGAGAAGAACUAUACAUUGUCAUUUCAUACUUCAAGAAUUUUGGCUAUGUCCUGUAAGCCACUGUCCAAUGGAGCUGUAUGCACACAUGUCUGGUUGUGGAGCUGCUCUAGUAUAUGUGUUAUCUCUUCCUUCAAAUGUAUCUUUUGUUAUCUUGGAGGAAAAUAUAAGACCUUAGAAACAAUGUUAGAAAGUAGAAUACUUUGUAAAAUAGUUUUAAGUAUCUUAAUGGGACAAAAAGUCAGUGAAUCUUUUAUGUAGGUCGUUCACUAGAUGUUUGGUAUACUAGAUUUCCUCAUGUACUGUAAGGAUAUGAAGAAUAGAAGGAAAUUGAAGUACAUAGAGCAUCUUCAACAAGAGAGCUUACUGCUUGAAAGAUUUGUUUUCAAAUAAGUACUUCGGGUGUUAUUUGAGAGAAUUAGUAUUUCUUCGGAAGUGUUGUUUAAUAAAUAAAUUAUUGUUCGAAGUAUAUAAUGAUAUGAUCUCGUUUAGUGAGAUUUAUUUA